AUGGAGAUGAUCAAUCAAAUUCUUGACGCCGACGAGAAGAACAAGAGACGGCACCAUUACCACCACCACUACCACCACACAAAUUCUACCAACUACAGACCACACGACCCACAGAAGUCUUCGACCUCGCUCCGGCUUCCACCAACUGUCACUUGGGUCCGCGGAGGUCGUGCUCAGCAGUUGACCAUGGCAAAUAUCGUGGCAGCCCACGCGGUCCCCGGUCCUGUAAUGUCUGGACCCUCCCCGCCUCCUGCGGGCACACCCGGCCGGCGGUCCUGGCCGGGUGGGGAGAAUUACACAUUUGAAGAGGAUCAAGCUAUCCCGGCACCACUAGGGUGCUUGGUAAUGAAUUCUCUUCCGCCUGAAUCAGUUCUUCUGCCGUGGAGAGCGCAUUCUUCGACCGUUGUCAAGCAUGCUGUUCAGCUCAUACGAUAUCCUCAGUCGGGGCUCGCUCUACAGGAUGAUUGA